AUGCAUAUGUUGACAACACAGCUCCGCAGAGCUGUGGGCAACGAGGACAACCUGCAUCUUGAGCUGUUCACACACAUCCUUUGGCCACUGCAGCAGGCCUUGUUGCACACAGACGGUUUCUUUGAAGCCGCUCACACAACGCAAGGUGUGAUGAAGGGCAUCUGGACAAACAAGUCAGCAUGUGCAGAUUUCAUGCUGCAGUCCUGCAUCAACUCAGAGCUGCUGGUGGCAAUCGAGGUGAAGAUGUCGGCCGUCAUCUGUGUGCUGCAAAGCAGCAGCCUGCCAGCUAUGUACGCCUCAGGUUAG